AUGCGGCAGCUGGCUUGGCACUGCCGGCAUGGCAGCAGCUUCCAGAACAGCCAGCGGUUUGGUCAGCUGCUGUCAACGCCUCGGUCGCCCAGAGUUUCCCGCGCUGCAGAAGAUUUGAAGCAGCAGGUGAAGUCCUCGGCCAAGCAGUUGGAAUCCAGCUAUGCAUCGCUUCAGCAGCGCGCUGAAGCGGCGCAUGAAUCAACGCAACAGGUCCUGGGCGCAGCUGCAGAGCGGGGCGAGCGGCUGGGUGCACUUCGCCGGCAGUGCCAAGAAGUCGCGGAGCAAUUGCGGCAGGGCUUGUCGUUCGACGACGCUGCAGCUGCGGCUCUGCAGGUCUCAGUCUCCAGCGCCACAGUGCCGAAGGUCAGCUGCCAAAGCGCUGCUGGCGACGUCAGCGAGAUCGAGCCCAGCAAGGAAUCCGUGGUAGAGACUGUGCCAGCAAAGGCCGAAGAAGAAGCUCCCAAACCUGCGAGCCAAGAAGACCCUGAGGCCAAGGCUGAAGCCAAAGCUAUGGCCAAGAAGGAGCCGAAAGGAAAGAAGGCUAAGAAGCAGGACGCCAUCCAGCCCGUCCAGCCGGAGCCCGCCCAGCCGGAGCGGGCACAACCGAAACCCGCCCAGCCGGAGGCCGUCGAGGUAGAGGUGGAGCCAAGUGCAGCAGAGGCUGCAGAUGCGAAGCCAAAGAAAGCUCCGCAGAACAAGAAGGCUGCCGACAAAGCAAAGAAGGCGGCAGUCGAGAAGGCCAAAGCGGCAGCAAAGCAGAAGGACACCGAGGAGAAGGAGACCGAGCGGGCGCGCAAGGAAGAGCGGGCGCGGAAGGAGGAGAGCGAGCGCAAGCAGCGAGAGGCCGAGGCUUUGGCACAGGCGGAAGCUGCGGAGAAGGCCGCAGCUGAGUGGACAGUGAAGGAGGCUGAAGCGGAGCCGCGCGGGUCACCCAAGAGGGAGGAAUUCGCCGAUCCAGAAGAGAUCGAGGAAGCCGAAGCACUCAAGGAGGAGGACAUCGACGUGGAGGAGGGAGACUCACAGCCUCAGUUCUCCAGCGGCUAUCAGGACGGCACGGCUCUGGCUGCUGCCGCUUUGAAGCUUAGCCCAGACCAACCGGAGUCGAAGCAAGGUGCUGGCGGAUGGGCCACAUGCACCGCGCAGCGCAUCUGCUGGGUCACACGGGCGGCCGCCGCAGCAGAAAAGACGCUGUCGGCCCUGCUGCAGCACCUUCGAAUCCCCCAUGUCGUGGCUUCCCCGGCCGCAGUCCCUGGAGGAAUCUAUCGCAUUCCGGUCUGGUUUCCGGAGCAGAGCGCAGCACUGGAGCUGGAACAGCUCGGCGACCGCCUUGCGGGAGGUGGGCUCUCCGGGACUGCGCGGCUGAGGCGACGCCAGCUUCGCGAAGCAGGCUUGAAAGUUCUUGCCUUCGAUCCCUCCGCCUUCCGUGGCGCCUCGCAGCUGCGGCGGCUGCGUGCUGUGGCGGAGGCACCGCAGCCGCUUGGCUCCGCAGCGGCGAAGCGGCGCAGGCCAGAGCAGAGGUGUGCAACAGCCAGCUUCCAGCGUGUUCAAGGAGGGCACCGCCGUGCCCAGGCGAAGAUCCCGCCGUUCUUGCCGCCCAAGAUGGAGACUUCCAUCGGCUCUGAGAGUCAUGGGGCAGCGACCCGACGCGACAUGACGCGACGACGCAAUGUUGGCACAAUCCAGGACACUUUGGUUGAGAAGCUCCUGGCUGCCGCAGGGGGCACGGACGAGCGCUGCCAGGAGACGGUGCAGCUUCUAGCUGAGCUCACCAAUCGUGUCGACGUUCAAGGCCUACCCGAUUCCGCCAGCAUGGGUGCCGGAGCUUCGUCCGCCACGGAAGCUGCCAAGAAGGCCACCGUCGAGGAGCUGAAACAUGCCUUCUCCGAAGCCAGCCCGGAAGAGGUGAAGAAGCUUUCCGAGGCCCUGAAGGCGCUGGAAGGUGGUUUGCCGGGCGACGCGUGUCCCGGCCCCGUGGACUGCAACGCCGUGAAGGUGGUGGCCACGGACUACAAGGGCUUGCUGGCGCAGCCCGCAGAGCCGAAGUUCAAGGGAGCCCUGUGCCAGUUCCUGGGACUGCAGAUCUACGUCCGAGAUGCGCCUUACGGUGGCUCUGACAAGAGCAACAACGGCCAUCGCUACGACUCCAUCCCUUUCGCCAACGGCAUGAUCACAUCUGGAAUGAGCUGCCAGUUGAUCCACUACACACACGAGGAGCACGACAAGUUCUUCGAGUUGUGCAAGCAGUUCAACUUCCUCAUCGUCCGUUGCAACCCUGGCCAGAUCAAGGCAGAUGGUGGUGAUCAGCAGAAGUUCCAUGAUGGUAUGCGUGCCAUGCGUGGCAUGGGAAUCCAGGUGUGGCCAUCCCCGGACGUGAUGGAGAAGAUGGGUGCGAAGGAUGCUUUGUGCAAGGUGGCAACACUCAACAUCGGCCUGCCAGACACAUUGGCGUAUUACUCCCCGGAGGAAUUCGGUGCUGGCUUCAAGAAGACAAUGGCCUUCCAGCCUCGAGUCAUUAAGCAAAACCGUGGCUCCAGCGGGGAAGGCAUCUGGAUCAUCAAGCUUAAGGAGGGCAACUACUGCAAGGAGUAUGGAGAGCGCCUCUGCGACGAUUCCGAAGUCCUGUCCCUCAUGGAGGCCAACGACAACCAUGAAGAAGAGCACACCGUGGCAGAGUUCAUCGAAUUCUGCGUCAGCGGCCGCAGCGACAAAUCCGGAGAGUGGACGUCCAAGGGCGUGGGAAAGUAUCUGGAGGGUGGCAAGGCCGCUGGUGGCCAGCUUGUCGACCAGCGCUUCUGCCCACGCAUUGUCGAAGGGGAGCUCCGUUACAACCUGAUUGUCGACGCUCUGGUUGGAAUCAUCCACAAGAAGCCGAAGGAGGGCGGCAUCUCCGCUGUGGGCGGCACCGGCUCGAUCUACACCUACUACGGACCCGAGGAGGCGCAGUUCAAGACCCUGACCAGCAACUUCCUGGAGAAGGAUCUGCCGCUGGUGAUGCCAGCCCUGGACCUCCCGAAUGAGCCGGUGCCCCUCUGGUGGACCACGGACUUCAUCUUGGCUUCCCCCGAGGGCACGCCCUAG